CAGGAAAAUAAAAAGUAUAAACUUAAAGUUUACUUUCGGCCUUUCAUGGAUUAAUUAAAUUAUUGUGACAUACAAUCUUAAUCUAAGUAAAUGUAAAAAAGAUUUAAGUUUUUAUAAUUCAAAGCUUAGGACUCCGAUAAUUUAUCGGAGCCCUAUUUUAAACUAUAUAGUGAUGAUUUACGUGACCUUUCGUGACAUUGUUGGUUACCCUACUACUUGCCAAUUUAUCAGAACACCGGAAGAUAAGCCAUCGGUUGUGGCGGAGUUGCGGUGUUGAAUUGAAUAUUCCUUGCUUAUUCGUGAAGUGGUUGUGACAAGUGCUGGACAGUAUUAAAAAAUCAAAAUGCCGCACGUUUUGGCAAAAAUAUCACUCCAGCUCUUAGCAAAAAGCAAUGUGGAUUUCCUGAACAUUGCUUCGAGGGCACAAAGUAAUAUGUGGAGCAAUGUGCCGAUGGGCCCCCCUGAUGUCAUUCUUGGGGUCGCCGAGGCCUUCAGAAAGGACAAGAGUCCUAAAAAAGUGAACCUUGGUGUCGGAGCUUACAGAGAUGACAACAACAAGCCAUAUGUUCUGCCAUCAGUGAGACAGGCAGAAGAGAUCAUCUUUAAGAAGUGUUUAAACCAUGAGUAUGCUCCGAUUGUUGGUGAUGCAACUUACUGUGAUCUCAUUGCCAAACUCGGUCUCGGCGAUAACAGUUUAGCCAUUAAAGAAAAAAGGAAUGUGACUAUUCAGUCGAUUUCUGGUACUGGUGCCUUGCGUGUUGGAUUCGAGUUCAUUGCCAAGCACUAUGGCCAUGCAAAAGAGAUUUGGAUGCCUGCACCAACAUGGGGCAACCACCCUCAGAUCUGUAACACUUUGGGCAUUGUGAACAAGAGGUACCGCUACUACGACCCUCGCACCCUCAGCUUCAAUCUAAAGGGUUGUUGCGAAGAUAUCUGCUCAAUGCCACCCGGCUCCAUUAUUCUGCUGCAUGCGUGCGCGCACAACCCCACCGGUGUCGACCCUAAACCUGAAGAAUGGCAGACAUUAUCUGAGAUCAUUAAAGAGAAGAGAAUUCUGCCCUUCUUUGACAUGGCGUACCAAGGAUUCGCGACCGGCAGCGUGGACAAUGACGCGUUCGCUGUGAGACUAUUUGAAAAACACGGACAUCAGAUCAUAUUGGCUCAGAGUUUCGCCAAGAACAUGGGAUUGUACGGCGAACGUGUCGGGGGGCUUACAAUCGUAUGCGCCGACACAGACACUGCCGCCAAGGUGAUGUCGCAAAUGAAGAUCUUAAUCCGUACGCUGUACUCGAAUCCUUCCAUCAACGGAUCGCGUAUCGUCACCGAGAUUCUCUCCAACCCUGACCUUAAGGCCCAAUGGUUAGCUGACGUAAAAGAAAUGGCUGAUCGCAUCAUCCUUAUGCGUAAGAAACUGCGCGAGGGUAUCGAGAAGCGUGGCAACAAGCAUAAGUGGAACCACAUCACCGACCAAAUUGGAAUGUUCUGUUACACUGGACUCAAACCUGAACAGGUCGAACGGUUGACUAAGGAAUUCCACAUUUACCUAACGAAGGACGGCCGUAUCUCCGUGGCUGGCAUCUGUUCAAGUAAUGUUGACUACGUCGCAGAGUGUAUACACAAGGUCACGGCGGACGCUAAACCCAGAGCCUAAUGCAGCGUGUCGAACUACAUUGGGUACUGCAUUACAUAAGCUACUGUUAUCGAAUAGUGCCGCGUCGUGUCGUGUCCGUUACGUCGUCGCAUCUUGCAUUCAAUGUACCGAAAGAGCACAGUAUUUAUGAAACCAGCUUAUUUACAUUUAAUAUUUUUAUUUUUAUUGCCUUUGUCAUAUACUUUUGUAUGUAUAUUUUAUUUUUUAAAUUAAAAUGUGGACCCCUUGUUCAUGAAAGCAUUUUGUAAAGUUUAUUUGUUUACUGAGAUUACAUAAGUAAGUGAUAAUUUUCGUAUUGAAAGAUUGUUAUACAGUUCAUGACCAAAGGGCUGAUUAAGAAA